AUGGAAGAUGAUAAAGAGAGGCUCCCGUUGAAUCGCUACCGCUAUCACUACAAAUAUCACUACCACUACCGCUACAACUACAACUACCACUACCGCUAUCACAGCAUAUACCACUACCACAACCACUACCGCUACAACUACCACUGCAAAUACCACUACCACUACCGCUCCCGCUACAACUACAACUACCGCUACCGCUACAAAUACCACUACCGCUACUGCUACCGCUACAUCUACCUCUACCGCUACAAAUACCACUACCACUACCGCUACCGCUACCGUUACCACUACCACUAUAACUACCACUACAACUACCACUACCGCUACAAACACCAAUACCGCUACCGCUACAAAUACCACUGCCGCUACAAAUACCACUACCGCUACCACUACAAAUACCACUACCGCUACAAAUACCACUACCACUACCACUACCACUACAAAUACCACUACCGCUACAAAUACCACUACCGCUACUGCUACCGCUACAUCUACCUCUACCGCUACAAAUACCACUACCACUACCGCUACCGCUACCGUUACCACUACCACUAUAACUACCACUACAACUACCACUACCGCUACAAACACCAAUACCGCUACCGCUACAAAUACCACUGCCACUACAAAUACCACUACCGCUACCACUACAAAUACCACUACCGCUACAAAUACCACUACCACUACCACUACCACUAUAGCUCCCGAAACAACUACAACUACAACUACCGCUACAAAUACCACUACCACUACCGCUACAAACACCACUACCGUUACCAUUACCACUAUAACUACCGCUACAACUACAACCACCACUAUCGCUACCAACACCACUACCGCUACCACUACAAAUACCUCUACCACUACCACUACAACUACCACUACCACUAUAACUCCCGCAACAACUACAACUACCGCUACAAAUACCACUGCCACUAA